UCCACGAAUCCACAGGCAGAGCAGAGGCAAGACCGCGAUCGCUCUCGCGCCUUCCUGGUCUCACGUGUGCAAUCCGAGAAAUAAUAUAGUUACGAGCGUGUGUGUGCAGCCAGCACAAAAAGCGCCUCGCGAACACAAUUCACUUGAGAACCGGCAUAAUAACUGGUUGUGUGACAAGGAUGGUCGCUGAAAAACGGGAGCUGGAGGAUGUGGCUGCGAAAGACGAGACUGACCCGGCGGCCAACAACCCAGAUUCUGUGCACCUGAAGAGAAAGAUCACCCUGUUCAAUGGGGUCGCCAUCAUCGUCGGCACUAUUGUGGGUUCUGGGAUUUUCGUGUCGCCCGCCGGCGUCUACCAGGCGACGCACAGCGCCGGUGGAUCGCUGCUCGUGUGGCUCGGCAGCGGCGUCUUCUCCAUGCUCGGCGCCCUGUGCUACGCUGAGCUGGGCACCACCAUCACCAGGUCUGGCGGAGACUACGCCUACAUCCUCGAAGCUUUCGGUCCGCUCCCUGCUUUCCUCAGGUUAUGGUGCGCCCUUUUGGUGAUUCGACCGACGACGCAGGCCAUCGUGGCGUUGACGUUCGCACAAUACGCGGCCAAGCCGUUCUUCACGACAUGUUCGCCGCCUGAAAAUGCGGUCCGCCUGCUCGCCGCCGCUUGCUUGUGCUUGCUGACGGCCGUCAACUGUUUGAGCGUGCGUUGGGCCAUGCGUGUCCAGAGCGUCUUCACGACUGGAAAACUGGUUGCUCUGGUGGCCAUCAUCAUCGCCGGUCUCAUCCACUUGUUCAGCGGUCACACGGAGUACUUGGAGAAGCCGUUCGAAGGGAAAUACGACGCGACGUCCAUCACCCUCGCCUUCUAUUCGGGCCUCUUCGCUUUCGGCGGCUGGAAUUACCUCAAUUUCGUCACAGACGAGCUGCAAAACCCAUACAAAAAUUUACCUCGCGCAAUAUGGAUCGCCAUGCCAAUCGUUACUUUGGUCUACGUACUUGCAAAUUUGGCGUACCUCGCGGUCGUGUCUCCGGACGAAAUGCUCUCCUCCCCUGCAGUUGCUGUGACAUUUGGGAACAAACUCUUUGGACCACUCGCUUGGACAGUUCCAGUUUUUGUAGCCCUCUCCACUUUCGGUGGCGUCAAUGGAAUUCUUUUCACGUCGGGACGCCUGUUCCUCGCCGGUGCUAAAGAACAGCAGCUCCCAGCAUUUUUUUCGUUUAUCCACUACCAGAGGUCGACCCCGGUGCCAUCACUUCUCUUCACAUGCGGUAUGUCGUUGGUGAUGCUGAUGUCGGCCGAUAUCUUCGCCUUGAUCAACUACUUCAGCUUCAUCCUGUGGGCCACCGUGGGUGCCUGCGUCCUCGGAAUGCUGAUCAUGCGGCGCACCCGGCCCGAAUUGCCGAGACCGAUCCGCCUGCCGCUCUGGCUGCCGGUCCUGUUCCUGUGCGCGUGCACGCUGCUGGUCAUCGUGCCAGCUUACAACCAGCCAAUCGACUCAGCCAUCGGAGUUUUGAUCACGCUGACUGGCGUGCCUGUCUACUACAUUUGCAUCGUCGGACAAAGCAAGUUCCCUUUUCUGGAAAAGUGGACUGAUAAAUUGACAAGACUGAUUCAGACGUGGCUAGAGGUGCUGAGCCCCGAUGAAUAUCCACAGCCAACUCAUUAGAUUUAGUUUUUUUAAAUACAUUUUUUGAAUUGAUAAUUUACUUAAAACUGUUUUGCCGACCAAGUUGAAUUUAUUGCAUAAUAAAGUCAAAAUCCCGUCACA